AUGACAGAGGAACAUGAAUGCGAGUCUUUCAAUUCUUGGGAGCUGAACGGACUGAAUUCCCUGGAUUUAUGGGAUUAUACCGUGGAACUUGAGUGUCUGCAAGGCACCGAAGAUCUGCAGCUCGCGGCUGAACUAGGGAAGACUUUGUUGGAACGAAAUAAGGAGUUGGAAACUGCUCUUCGUCAACACCAAAAUGUAAUCGAAGAUCAAACGCAGGAAAUCGAAUACCUUACAAAGCAAACUGUUGCGUUGCGUGAAGUAAACGACUCAAGACUGAGAAUCUAUGAACAACUUGAAGUUAGCAUCCAAGAUUUAGAACGAGCUAACCACAGGCUCGCUGUUGAUCAUGCUGCCGAUAAAAAACACAUUAAAACCUUAUGCAACACCAUCGAAACCUUGGAAACCAAGUGUGAAGAAUUCCAAAAAACCGUGGACGAUCUUAAUGCGCAAUUAGAAAUCGUAAAACGGCGUGCAGAACGUAAGCCAGAAACCAUUGAAAAACCCAAAGAAAAAGAACAAAAAACAACUGAAAAUGCAAAACAGAAUGCAACUCCGUCGAAACUUCCAGCUGUUACACCACAAAAAAUUGCUCCGCUCCCAGAACUGACAAAAGAGGAUGAGGAUUUGUUGAGAUUAAGUGAUGAGUUAAGGGAAAAUAAAGUGGCCUUUGCCCAAGAACACAGGAGGGUUACAGAGCUUGAGGAACAGUUGGCAUCGGUGAUACAAGAGAACAACAGGCUGCAAGAACAGUUAAGAAACUGGAACCUUAAGGAUGAUGAGCCUAAAUCAAUGCAUGAAGAAUUCUCGAUCCUUGAAGAAGUUAGACAAGGACAACUAUGCAUCAGGUGUCUGAGAGGCAUGGAGCGGGAUGACAUGUCGUCUAUACUGGAUGGUGAAGAUGAUGACAGAAGCGCCAUUAGUUCCCUCAACCUCACUCCCGGUCAACAAAGCCCAAGAGACGACCAUGUUUCCAGUAAACUCGUCAAGUUUGAUAAUGCUAAGGAGAAAUUACUCCAAGGUAUUUGGGCGAAUAAGGAAGAUGGCCACGACAAUCCGUACAGAGACUUAGUACAGAAGUACGAGGCUUUGCUUGAGGUACAACUAUCACAGGGAAAGAAUAUAAAGAAGAAACCAAACACAUUGCCGAACGCACAAACUCAGUCUGGCCCCGUGUCUCUUCAAGACGAAUUACAAACUUCAGGCGAUUUUAGCCAAUUCAGUGUUAAAGAUACCGACGAAGAAAGCGGGCAUGGUGAGGAGGCCCAAAAAGAUAAUCAACAAAAGAAAGUUGAGCCAACAUCUCGCAAGAAGAUAAUUCAAACCCCAGACUUUUCUGAAGCCGAAACAUCAAGCUCAGGCUUCUCAGAUGAAACUAGUAAUAAAGCAACUCAAACUGAACGUGAAAGACCUGGUUCGUUCCUGUGCACUAUCGCGGACGGAGAAGAUUAUCGCUUUAGCAUUUACGACGAUGCUAGUCCGAUGGAUAGUCGCUUCCGAAACAGACCAGAAUACCGUGUCCUUUUCAAAGAAAUAUUUACUAUUCUGAAAAAGGCAGCCGAAAACAAAGACGAUGGAGAACAGCUACCACUCCUAGAUGAUACAGUCAGCGGAAAAGUACCACCUGUGACGCCUGCCACUGAAGAACCUCCCGGCAACUUUACCGAUGACACCCAAAGUGUAUUGUCGUCUGUGAUGUCCGAACAAUCGAUUCCAGUAUCUGACAUAACUGCUCCAGAAACACCAACUCUAAAAGAAAAGGAAGACCCACUUCCGGAACCUAGCAAAAAACAAGAGAAACAAAAUCACGUAGAAGACGCGAAAGAGAACAAACCCAUGGAUGAUAGCACCAACGGAAAACAAAAAGAAACUAAUCAAGUAAAAGAAAAGGAAAAUGAGAAGGAAAAGGAGAAAGAGAAAGAGAAAGAACGAGUACUAACACCGCUGGUUCGUCAACCAUUGGAGUACAUAGCGGCUACUAGAAAGAAGUCCAGACAUCGCAACCGCAAGCACAGUCAGGAUCGUCAGGGAGCUGACUCCCCCGUGUUUCCAUCUCCACCUAAAAUUAUAUACCAGAAAUCGGCAAACAAGAAGAGGAGAGACUACAGGCCUAUAGAAAUCAGCCCACUCGUUAGAACUUCAGAAGCUGAAUGGAACGGAUCGACUCUACAAUUCUACAACAAAAAUAUAAGUUCCCCAACUCCGAGCGUUAGCGGCCGGACGGGAAAGAUAUAUCAAAGCUGGAAUUCUGAAACUGACUCUUGGGAUAUAAAACAAAGCACUGCUUCUCAGGAGAUACAUAAGCUCCGAAAAUUGGAGCUGUCCUAUGCUGAAGUAUUAAGAAACGCUGAUAAGACUAAAAAUAGGCGCAAGAAACACCAGUAA